CGGCGGAGGCGGCGGCGCCGCGCUGGGUGUGGCCGGGCUGCCCGGGCCUGGGGCUGCGGGGCUAUGAGCGGCGGGCGCGCGCGCCCCCGGAGCCCGAGCCUCAGCUAGGAGCGCGCGGCGGGCGGGCGGCCCCGGCAGUUGUCUUCAGCAAUAUUGUUUGUCAUUGAGCACGAGACGAACACAGGUGUGAAAGAUGAGUGAGCUGGAGCAAUUACGGCAGGAAGCGGAGCAGCUUCGGGGUCAGAUCAAGGAUGCUAGGAAAGCAUGUGGUGACACAACACUCAGUCAGAUGACAACGAGUCUGGAUUCUGUAGGAAGAAUUCAGAUGCGAACAAGACGUACACUUCGGGGUCACUUAGCUAAGAUUUAUGCCAUGCACUGGGGAUAUGAUUCAAGGUUACUAGUCAGUGCUUCCCAAGAUGGAAAACUAAUUAUUUGGGAUAGCUAUACAACAAACAAGAUGCAUGCCAUUCCUUUGAGAUCUUCCUGGGUAAUGACCUGUGCUUAUGCUCCUUCUGGUAAUUACGUUGCUUGUGGUGGUUUGGACAACAUCUGUUCCAUCUAUAACCUGAAAACACGGGAAGGCAAUGUGAGAGUAAGCAGGGAGUUACCGGGCCAUACAGGCUACUUGUCCUGCUGCCGUUUCUUAGAUGACAACCAAAUUGUUACAAGUUCAGGAGAUACAACCUGUGCUUUAUGGGACAUUGAAACUGGCCAACAAACCACCACAUUCACUGGACAUACUGGAGAUGUGAUGAGUCUCUCUUUAAGUCCUGACAUGAAAACUUUCGUUUCUGGUGCUUGUGAUGCCUCUUCUAAACUCUGGGAUAUCCGAGACGGAAUGUGUAGGCAGUCUUUCAUUGGGCAUGUGUCAGAUAUUAAUGCUGUCUGUUUCUUCCCUAACGGGCACGCCUUUGCCACGGGCUCGGAUGACGCCACUUGCCGACUCUUUGACCUCCGGGCCGACCAAGAGUUAAUGAUGUACUCCCAUGACAACAUCAUCUGUGGAAUCACUUCUGUAGCCUUCUCCAAAAGCGGGCGCCUCUUGCUUGCCGGUUAUGACGACUUUAAUUGCAACGUAUGGGACACGUUGAAAGGAGAACGAGCAGGUGUUCUUGCUGGCCAUGAUAACCGUGUCAGCUGUUUAGGUGUUACUGAUGAUGGCAUGGCUGUAGCAACAGGAUCUUGGGACAGUUUUCUUAGAAUCUGGAAUUAACUGUGUUGUACUAUGAUUUACAAAAUUCUCCAUUGAGAUCUGGAGAGAUCAAUGCUGCAGCCUGUAGCUGUGAAAUAACAUUUCUACCUUGUAUUUGCAGGUGAAGUUUUUUUUUCCCUAUUCACUAUUACACACACACACACACACACACACACACACACACACAAUCUCUGUUUCUCUCACACACACAGGCUUUCUGUAAACUAGAAGAAAAUAAAGUGAAUGGGGGGGAGGGGACCAAUGUAUAAAAUCAUAGUGACAGGAAAGUAAAUACAGACUGUUUUUGUUUUGGGAAAUUUGGUUAGCUUGAUCUGAGGAAUUUCUGCUUGUGCUCAAAGUCUGCUAAUUCUCUAUUUCCUGGUUUGGAACAGAAUGCACACACUAUUGCAGCCUCUCCUGUAACAUGUGUCUGUAAAAUAGGUUGUGUUUUUUUUUUGUUUUUUUUUUUUUUUUUUUAACUACAUUUAUAGCUUUGCAUCUUUCUGAAUUGUCAUUUUUCUGAGUUUUUAGAGGAUGAAUCAAAUGCUUUUUGAAGAAGCUAGGGUCUUUGUGAAAUUGCUCCACGUGGGAAGUGAUGCCAUGUCUUUGAUAUGUGAUUGUUCCCAUGUGUGGACACCACAGAAGGAUGACCUCCUUUUUUAAAUCUUGUAAAAUGGGCCCCAGUGAUUCCAUUCUUUUACCUUAGAGCCUUACUUCUUUAGCACCUUCCUCUUAAACAUUGAGGAUAUAUUUCACCUUGUGGUUUUUGGUGCAUCCUUUAACACCAAUGGACAUUACUCCCCAGAUUUAAGUGCCCACAUUCAUUUGGGACAGAUGAACUGUGUAGAGUCCUAGAAGUGCUCUCUACACCUGACAAAAAACCAUUUUCUUUUCUAAGACUAUACAGGGAAUUUUAGAAUUGACUGUUCUCAAAGAGUAAGUAGUGGACAAAUGGCCAACAUUCUUUGCACAUUCGUUCUUCAAGGCCAUUUAGAAUACAAUGACAUUAUGAGUGACAUGUCCCACUGUGAACUUAACCAAUUGAAUUUCAUUACACUGAGUUUUUAGGAUAUUUGGAAAAUUGCAGUUUGGAUUUUUUUGUUGUUCUUUGCCCCAGAGAUUAAGAAUGAGAUGAUGUUUUCCCUAUAAACAUGAGGAUAUUUCCCAAUAUUUCACCUGAGUACAUAUGCCUGUUUUAUGUAUAAUGUAGUAAGAUAUCACUACAUUUUGAAUGAAAAUAUAUAUCCAUGUCUAUAGGUCAGGAACUUUAUUUAAAACCUUAAGCAAACCAUAUUUCUACAAAUUUUAUGACCUCUUCAUUUAAAAUUUAGCUUGGUGAAAAUGGCCUGUGCCUUCACAUUUUAGUAGAUACCAAUGGUCUGCUUACUUAUUUUGUUUAAAUAUUCCCUCUAGUGCCAAGUGUACUUUUUAAAGCUAUUUUGCUAGUAAAAUAGCAUAUUAUAAGGCAGAGGAACCAAUCUCAGCAGAGUUUUAAAUUUGCUCAUACAGUUGCUAAAUUUCCUUACCAGUAAAUUUAUAUUACUAACAUUGGAUGUGCCACAAAAACUGGAUUAUAAGGACAGUAAUCUUUCAGGAAAAUGUGCUAACCAUCUUGGAUUCCCCUUAAGGUCAUUUAUUGGUGAUGUUGCAUUGACUGUAGGUAAAUCCCCUGUGGAAUCAUUUUUGUGCACUUAAGGGCCCAAGAUUCUAUAAACAUGUUAGAGCCCACAGAUUAUUGCUGAGACCAGUAUAAAAUUCUGAUCACGUCACUCCUAAUGUCAGCACUUCCAAACUGUGCCUGUAAGUCUUUGUUUACAGAUAGUUUAAAGUGUGCCAACCACAAUGAAUGCAGUAUCAGUUCUCUAUCAAUCAUAUGCUACAAAAAGAAAACACUUAGGGUCAAUUAGGGAAGUAUAGGACCAAAAUUAUUCUAUGCUGUAUAGAAUUCCCACAUUUUCAUUGUUCUGUGUGAUGACUUAUGAUUGGUGUGCUAUACUAAUUAUGUAAUAUUUAUGUAUCUUCAUAAAAGCUCUUUGAGGUCAGGCAGAAUAGAUUUUAAAGGUGCAUAUGGUAGACUCUGGAAUAAUGUUAUUUGGUUCAACAUCAUGAAAAAAUGGCUAAAAAGCAUUUCUUCCGACAAGGGAAAGCGCCCUUAUAAAUAAAUGAGAAGUGCUGUCCAGCAGUUUUAAAGCUGCAUGCCAGUAGCCAUAAUUGUCUUUGGCACUUGGCUAAGCCACAAGUGUUAUAAAGUCACAAACAGAUUUUUUUUUCUUGUGUUCAUUUUAAUAUUUAAACAAUUUGAGUAGACCAGUUUAAAAUUACUCUGAUGACUUGAGUGAUUAACAAAUAUUUGAUAACUUUACACAUAUAAUCUGUCAAAAAGUCAUCUUUGUGCUGUGUUGAGUGACUGCCAGUUGUGUCUGAGGUUGUUUUGGCAAAUCUAAAAUAGAUAUCCUGACAGUUCCCUUGUUUUAAAAAACUGGCAAAAUUUGCCAGUUACUAAAUUUAUCCUCAGAUUGGGAGUCCACACCACUUCUUUUUGUUCUUGUUAAUAUUCUUAAAAUCAGAUGGAAGGUACACAUGGAAAAUCUGUUGCAGAUCUCUAAAUUUGUCAAAAUCAAAACAAUGCCAUUGAAAUCCCCUUUACAUUUUGCAUCAAAAAUAUUAGCAAUUUUCUGAUGCCUGUUUCCCUAAUCCUAAAGUUUAAUCAUCUUUCUUAUUGUACUCUAUCAAUGAUUGACAUUUGAGCAUAAUGCACUUUAUAAUACUUCUGGCAUAAUGGGGUUCCUACAAAUCUUUUAAAAUUAGUUGCCUUUGCUUAUUCAUCUCCGAGAGUUCACUGGAGCUGGUUAGCCAAGGACCUAGUUUGUGUCACGUGAAGAUAAACUUGUCUGCAGAUUCAGAACUGUUGGGUUAUAUGAUGAGCAGCCUGCGACACCUGCCGCCUCCAGAAAGGAUCUGCUCCACCCACCAUGACAGGAGGAAUUUAAAAUGGCGUCUCUCUCAUUAUUGGUAGUCACGGAAUAUUGGGCCACAGUAAUGCAAAAUAAACUUGAUCUUUGUUUCUUUGAUGAAGGGGGAGCUCUUUCUUUCUGCUUUGGCCUCAUAGUUCAUCUUUGGUUAAAGUUUCAUUCUGUGCACUCUGAAUUCAUUUUUACAUGAAUCGCAAAGGAAUGGAUGGAGUCAUCCCCCAAAUGGGACUAAAACAGUGAUGCUGGAAGCCUGGUUCUAGUGACUAUGAAGGGUUUCUUUCUAGAACUUUUCCAGUAGAUGUUUCAGAAGCCCAAAUCCAAGCACGAAUGGUACAAGAGUAAUGUCUUCAACUUGAUAUUUCCAACAUCCCGUUAAGAGCCUUCUGUCAGUUUGGAUUACCGAUGCUGAAUGAACGGAUCCUACAGUACAUUAUAACCUUUGAAGUUCAAUAAAUGUACCACUUGUCCCAUUGUGACAUCACAUUUUGUUUAUGAGAGCAUGAAAAACAUUCCAUUCUUUUUCUCCCUGUCAAAAGACAGUCAAUGCCACUAGAUUUUAGUGCUCUACUUUAAAAUACUGGUUAGAAUAGGUAUGAAUUAGUGAAAACAAUGCUUUCUCUGCUGUGUUCUAAAGCAGAGUGACUGGUUUUAAGAUCGCAUUUCAUGUAUAAAUUAAGCAAGCAUGGGCCGGUGGUGCACCUUGUAUUCAGUAAUCUGGCAUGCAUGCUGGUACAAUUUCUUCCUACUCUUUGGAGACACCACAGGCCUUUUUAUCCAGUUGCUGGUUAUGUAAAAUCCAUGCAGAAUGUUAAUGCAGUGUUGUAAUGGUAAAAAUGUGUCAAGUGUUACUAAUUAAUUGCUAUAACUGAUAACAGAUUUAAAUGUGCCUGACAAAAUCUUGUGCCACACACAGUAUGUUAGGUUUUUGACUAAUAUGGACUUCAGUGGAAUAGUCUUUAGAUAUUUCCAGCCUUUGUUUUUACUUACACAAUGGUGCUCUAUUCCGUGUUUUUUCUCCUUUCAAAGAGGCAUUCGAAUACUUGUAUUACAUAUAUUACAUCCAAAGGAGUCCAAAUGUAAUUGGUUUUUAAAAACUUUUGUUUUGCAGUCACUGUAUAAUGGUCAAAUUUCCAAUAUAUUUCUUCUCAUCUUAGAACAUUUGUUUUACACACUCUGUGCUGACUUGGACCAGAUUAAGUCAGUAAAUAUAACAAAAGAUGAAUUGAUUCCACACUGCCUUUGGAGUGUGUCCGUAUCCAGAUAAAGUCUUAACAGCUUUAAUUUAAGCUAAUAAAAACCAGGGACUUGUGCCGUGCAUUCUCCAAUAGUGCUUUUGCAUCAAUGACUUCCCUGUGAAAAUGGUCACUUGCUAUGAACUUCUGUUUAUAGCUUUUUCCAAUGGAUUUGAUCUUUGUAUUUGUACAGUGGCUCAGUGAAACAUGUUGCCAUGAGUUGAUAUUGUAACCAAUAAAAAAGUGCUUUUAACCAGA